AUGACACUGGCAAAGCAGACGACAACGAACAUGCAAGAUCAUAAAGCGGGUCACACCACAACGAACGUGCAAGAUCAUAAGGCAGACUACAUGCAAGAAGCCCGCCGUAGUUGUGUGAGUUUUGGACUCUGGGAAACUUCUAUACUGCAUUUGCCAAUUAUGAUUAAAAAACAGGAAUCACAAAACCGUCUCUGCCGGGAGUUGGACCCGGGUCACUCGAUUUCUCAGGCAAUUAUCUAUCGCUAA